GUAACUCAGUACUAUUUUCACCUAGGCAAAUAAGGCAAGAAGAAAAUAUUGAGCGAAAAGUCUAGAAGCAGCAGACAACACUUUAGAACCAGCAUACAACACUUUAGAAGCAACAUACUUGUAACAACAACAAGCUCUUCCUGAAUAUUGUUUACCCAUCCAUCAUUGUUCUUAUCCUGCAAAUCUUCUGAAGUAGAUUUAAUUUAUUUGUUCUCCAUUUUCAAAACUACAAAAUGGCGAACAACACCAAUAGCGACGUGCCCAUGAAGGCUGAAGACGACCCGUUUGCGGAGUUCCUCGAUAUGGAUUUGUCGGCUCACACUGCUGGUAGUUCUGGUGCAGGUCUGGAGACCACAAGACAGGCUGAGGUUGGGGCUUCGUCUCCAUCUGCUUCAUCUUCAUCCUCGUCUGCGUCUUCUGGCACAGCAGCGUCUACAUCUGCAAAGGGCUCAUCAACAUCUCCUUCUUCUGAUGUAAACGACGUAAAGAAGGUUCCUGAAGCUGCUCAGCAGAAGGAGAAGCAACUACCUACUUCUGGGAGUAAGCGACCAGAGCCAAGCAGCAACGAUGACGGAACCCUUCCCACCGUCGUCAUCAACGUCGGCAUGGCGGGUAGCGGCAAAAGCACGUUGAUGCAUCGCAUGUACUUGGAGUUGCUGGCGCAGAAAAAACGGGUCUACAUGAUCAACCUGGAUCCUGCAGUGAGGGAUGUCAAGUACCCGAGACACAUCGACAUCCGCGACACCAUCGACUACAAGGGCGUCAUGAGCGAGUACGGCCAUGGCCCCAACGGCGCGAUCAUGACCAGCUUGGGUCUCUUUGCGAUGAAGUUCGACCAAGUUUUAGGCUUGCUCGAGAAACGCGCCAAGGAUUUCGACUACGUGCUGAUCGAUACGCCAGGACAGAUCGAAGUGUUUGGUUGGAGUGCCAGUGGACAGAUCAUCGCAGAUACAUUGUCGACGGGUUAUCCGACCGUGAUCAACUACGUUUUGGAUAGUGCACGUUGCACACGACCCGUGACGUUCAUGAGCAACAUGUUGUAUGCUUGUUCGAUCUUGUACAAAUUCCAGCUGCCCUUUGUGCUCUCCUUCAACAAGUGCGACGUGCUGAAUUGUUCCUUCGUCCGCGACCUCUGGUUCAAAGACCAAAGAGCAUUUCUAGAGGCUCUAGGAAAGGAGGAAAAAACCUAUCUAGGCUCGCUGUCCCGGUCCAUGUCACACGUUCUCGAAGAGUUCUACACGAAUUUGACUAGUUGCAACGUUUCCGCGCACACGGGGGAAGGCGUCUCCACGUCUCUGCUCUCCGAAUCGUUGCCUUUGGCGAGAAAAGAGUACUACGACCUCUACUUGACGUACUUGAAAGACCGGGCAGCCUACGUGUCGAAGAAACGGGAUGAAGAAGCGGCGGAAAAAAUGAAGACCUUUGAGGAAAAGAUGAAGGUGACAAAGAACAACUGAGUCAUGAAGGACAAUUGAACAUGCUUAAGCUACUAGUUCUUAAUCCUAUUACUUGGACAAAAAUGUUCGCGAUCAUGUUCUUGUUCUAUGAAGCAUCCACUCGAAGAUGGACACACCAGGGCUCCAACAUGGUAUAAUAUAAGGUGAGAGACUGUAAUCUUUCAUCGUAUUGGUGCCAACCUGGCAUACGUGCUUAAUGUAGACAAGUAAAAACGUGCUUAAUGCGGUGGCGAAUUUUUUUCGACAAUCUAGUUCUAGAAAAGCAGAAGCAGAC